AUGAUUCAAGCAAGUCGUACAGAGAAACCUGAUAGUGAAUUUGAAAUUACAAACAAUGUAUUACUGGUUUCACAACCAAAUUCACCAAUAACAUCAACACCAUGGCUUAAACGAGCACGAAUAAUUAGUGCUCUAAUUUAUAUUCUACUUCAAACUGCUUAUUUUAUAGUGAUAAUCAUUUGUAUUGCACGUUAUCCACGUUGUGAAAAAGCACCUGCAACAUCAUGGUGGACAAAAGGUGUAUUUCUACGUUUGUCAACUCGUACAAUGAAAUUUGAUAAUUUAACUGCAAAACUUCUUGAUUAUAAAGCUAAUUUUAGUCUACAAGCUCUUUGGCUUAGUCCAGUUUUUCCAUUAUCAAAUGAAUUAAAUCCAAUAGAAUGGAAAAAUGUUGAUAGUAAUUUUGGUAAUCAAAAUGAUUUGACUAAUCUUAUUAAUGAAGCACAUAAAGAACAUAUUCAAAUAGUUGUUGAUUAUCCAUUAAAUCAUCUAUCCAUUCAAUCAAAUUAUUUUAUUUCAAAUAAUGAUUCUUAUUUUGUAUGGAACGACGAAGGUAAUAUUAGUAAUUGGAUGACAACUAAUGACAAUCAACAAUCAGCAUGGACUUACAACAAUAGAAAAAAAUCAUUUUAUUUACAUCAAUUUAAUAAUGAUAAUGAUUCUAUUGAUAUUAAUUAUCGGAAUAAUCGUGUAUUUAAUGAUAUGAUUAAUUCAUUUUCUUAUUGGAAUAAAAAUUUUCAAAUCGAUGGAUUUAAUUUACAAGGUAUUAGUUUUGCAUAUGAAGAUUAUGAAUAUAAUAAUGAAACAAAUAAUAAUACUAGUCGAUUGAGACAUCUUGAUGAAGAUUAUCUUUUACUUGCACGUAUUAGAGCUGAAAUCGACAAGAAAAAAAUCUUACUUCUUGAUACAAUCGAUUCAUUAUCUACAUCUAAUGAAAAAUUAUUAACACGUUAUUAUGGUGAUAAAAAUAAAUAUUUAGGUGGUGUACAGCUAGCUUCAAUAAAUAAAUAUACAUUAGUUAAUGAACAUAAAACUAAUUUAACAGAAUUAUUUAAGGAAUACUAUAAUUCAAUAUUUUUUAAAAACAACCAAGCAUUUCUAUGGUCAUCUUUAUCAUCAGAUUCUAAAUUAAAUGAAGCUUUUUUUGCUGCAUGUCUAUUUCAUAAUGGUUCCAUUGCUAUUGAUAUUGAUCGACAAGGACAUCAAUUAUCAAGUAAACAACUCAGUCGUCUUCGUCAAAUAAUAGAACUUACACAAAAAGCUGUUUUUCGUGUUGGUCAUAUUCACCAAACUAUUCUUGAGAAGUCAAAAUGGUUAACCAUUGAACUAACAAGACGAGGUGAAAAACAUCAUAUGAUUAUCAUUAAUUUUAAUGACAAGGAUGAAAACGAUAGAAUUACAUUAAAAGAAGGAAAAAUAGAUGCAGUUGAAAUCGUUUUAAGUAAUAAGCCAGACGAUGACAAAAAAUAUGAAACAAAUGCAUUGAUUGAUAUGAGCUCUAUUUAUUUAAGAUCUUAUGAAUAUCUUAUUAUUCGUUGGUCACGAUCUAUUGAAGGACUUGGAAUUAUUUUUUCAUAA